GACUCCUUAGGAAGGACAUUGAGUUGGUCUCUGUCCUCCAAACACAUACGAACACACAUACAGGUACACAAAAGAAUUUUAACUUAGAAUUCAUGUUCAUAAAGGAGAAUAGAUGUGGAUAAUUAUGAAGACAGAAUAGAAAAUAGUUGCAGCUUUGAUGCAAUUGUUCAGCAGUUUUGAGCUUUGACAGUUACAUAUAUAGACCUGUGACUUGACUUAAGAUUUCCCCCCCUUUUACAGAAAUAAGAAUUUUUCACUUUCUAUACAGUGCUCAGUAAAUUAUGCCGUAUAUAAAAAUGGGCUUUGUAUGAGAUGGAUUGUCAUGGUAAGUUUACUAAGCACAUUGAAAGUAAGGGAGGCUAAGCUGUAGUGUUCAAAGUGUCGGGUGGAUUAAAUACACCUAGUGGAUUGGGCUAGCAUUUGGUCUACUGGGGUGGAAUGCUGUCAUGAGCUAACACUUCUUUGCUAACACAAUUAGGAACUAAAGAAACUGUUUCCUCAGGGAGACAGCAUUGCACACUCUAUGCACUGAGAAAGAGUACUGUAAGUGCCAGAAAGGGGUCCAAAAAUAGGAAAGUCCUUUCUUAAUAGACACGGGUUCCACAAAUUCCUCUGUGUAGAACAUCUGGCCCAGACUAACAGUGCCAAGAAUCACUUAGCUGGACUGACGGCUUCCCAGGCCACCCGCACUCCAUCAGCACACACCUGACACACCAGCUUCUCUUCUUUCAACACUUGGCUCCCAGAUAGUCACAGAGCGCAUGAAUGGAACCAUCUAAGACAAGGUACACAAGAAUUAGGGCUGGACCAAUACACAAUCAUCAAAACGUCAUCGCAUAAGACAGUGAGACCAGCUUUCCUCCUAGAACUUAGUUUGAACUCUGCCUUACCAAAGAAAAACAAAUCUUUAUUAUGUUUAUCCAAAAUCUAUGCCACACCAAAAAUCUCCAGUUGGCAUAACACAUGGCAUGACCUGGAAAAUGUAAAUACAGUAGAGAAAUAAAUGAUACUCUGUAUAUCGCUACUGGUGCCCAUGAGCUCAGCAAAGGGGAAAUACGAACUGAAUAAUAUAUUGAAAGAUAACAGUCAAGACAGAUUUUUUUGGUGACCCUUGUUCUGACCUGCAGCUUUCAAGCUGUUUGUAGGGCACUGACGGCCCCUCACAUCGACUUGACGUGGGAUUGAAGUCUCUGUUUCUUUGAAUCUAGUCCUUUUGUAAAAGUUAAAGGUAGUUGAGUCCAAGUUUGGUCUGAAAUCCUGUGACCCUCAGCUCUAUGAUCAAAGUCCACUGUAGGCAUUUGAAUAGAUGCCAGCAAAGCUCAGGCUCCGCUUCAAACAGGUCCUCCAAGUACCUCUCAGCCAUGUGCAGGGGUUUGCUGAGUUUGAUCUUGAGCUGUGCACAUUUGGGGAGUCGACAGUCCCGUUGGCUGGUAAGCCCUGCUUGGCAGAGCUCUGCUUUAAUUAUCAUGGCCCUGGGGUCUGUUCCGUUUCCCGUGUUUCAGCACCUUACUGGGUGUAACCUUAUCUUUCCAUUUUGCAUGCAUGACGGAUCUAAACCAGUACAGGUGAAGUUUGUCUUUGACCCAACAGCUGGACUACUUCCAGGUUUCACAACCACGGGGGGAAAAAUCCCCAAACCCCAGCUCUUCUUAUCAUCCCAUUUUGUGGAACAGCCAUGGUGGGUGAGAUGCUAACACAGUUAGUCACAGUUCCAGUAUUGAUCGAUUAAACUUUAUUCUCCACCAAGUGUACAUGCUUAGAGGGAGGUGGUGUUUGUGGGUAACAAUGAGGUUUCCCUCAGAAGCCUUGGGAAUGGGAAAUGGCCAACCUCUAGACAUCAAGGACUUAAACAAAUGCAUAACUGAAGGAGAUAAAAUGUUUCCUUUCCAUUUGGGAAAAAUCAUUUCAGAAAAAGCAGGGGUACAGCCCAACAUUGCAAGGAACCCAAGGCUUUCAGUUUGAGGUCACCUUUAAUAGUCCAGCACCAAAUUAACUGUGUGCUUUCAUUUUGCAAACAUUUUUUUUUUCAAAUCAUAGAGCUCACUCACUGUCUCUGAUUUUUUCCCUUUAAAGUCAUACUCGUUAGCAUACCAAGGAACUAAUUUUCAAACAUGCCCACCCUGGGAAUACAAUGUGGCUCUAGUGAAAGAAAGUAUGUGACCGCAGGUGAACUGCACUGGGACCCAAAAUAAGUAACCAGAGAAGCAGAGAUCUGUCCAGAAUGCCUUAAGGAUGAGGGCACUUCCGUCCCUGGGGAGUGGGUAGAUGCUUGGGUUACUUGGAAUGUCAUAUGCCCUUACCAUGGGCUUCAUAGACUGUCUCCUGGUGCUAUUCACUCUCCCUUGAGAGACUUCUGAAUAAUAAGCUCCUUAAAUAAUAUGAUAUCAAGAAGAUGCUGUCAGAUGUUUUGUAAGACCAGUGACUGCUGAGGGUCUCUGUCUGCAUCUUUCCAGUGGUAAAUAAAAAUGAUAAAUAUUUUGAAUUUUUAAUUGCUUUGCCCUCCAUAUGCACACAAAAACUCAUGUGUUCAAGGCUUGGUCCUCAGUGCAGUAUUCAAAAGAAGGACUUUCAGGAAGUGGUUGGAUUGGGAGGGGUCUGACCUAAUCAAUGGAUUGAUCUAUUGAUAGAGACAUAAUUUGAUAGCAUUAAUAAUUGGAGGUUGUAGGAAAGAGGAUAUGAGCCUAUUUGGAGGAUGUAGGUCUCUGUGAGGUAGGCUCUUUGCUACAUCACCUGUUCACCAAUGUUCUUCCUCAUGGUGCACCCUUGUAAAAACAGAGGCACCUGAUCAUGGACUGGAAUCAUGGAACCAUGAGCCAAAGCAAACGCCCUCUACCAUUAAGUUGCUUUCUCAAAGGCAUUCUGUCACAAUCAUUGUCUUAAGUGUUUUGUUUUUGUUUUAAUUGCUGUGAAGAGAUACCAUGACCACAGCAACUCUUAUAAGGAAAACAUUUCACUGAGGGGGCUUACUUACAGUUUCAGAGGGUCAGCUCAUUAUCAUCAAGAUGGGACAUGGCAGCCAUCACACCUUCUCCUAGCACUUCAAUUCCGGCUUGUCAUCGGUCUUCGGCCGCCGCCUCCACUCGCCAUGGACCCUAACUGCUCCUGUGCCACAGAUGGAUCCUGCUCCUGCUCCGGGUCUUACAAAUGCAAAGAGUGUAAAUGCACCUCCUGCAAGAAAAGCUGCUGCUCCUGUUGCCCGGUGGGCUGUAAGAAGUGCUCCCAGGGAUGCAUCUGCUUUGGACAAGUGCAGCUGCUGCACCUGAAGUGGGACCCCCUCAGGCGCGUGUAAAUAGAGCAAUGUGUAGAAACGUCAUUUUUUUUUUUUUUACAACCCUGGCCUAUUCUCCACACCUUUCUAUGAAAGCAUGUAACUGAUAAUAAAAAGCGUUGACUUAAAAAAAAAAAGAUAGGACAUGGUGACACGUAGGCAGACUUAGCUGAGAGUCCUACAUCUUGCAGGCAACAGGAAGUUGACUGAGACACUUGGCAGUAUCCUACACAUAGGAAGCCUCAAAGUCCACCCCUAUAGUAACACACUUCCUUUAACAAGGCCACAUCCACUCCAACAAAGCCACACCUCCUAGUAGUGUCACUCCCCAUAAGAUUAUGGGGACCAAUUACCUUCAAACUACCACAUCAUAAAAAGUGAUAGACAGAGUGGGAUGAAAGGUUUACUGCACCUUGGAGAGAGAUAGUCUGCAUUUCUGACUAUAAACAGUCAGCAUGUCUACUUAGUCAUCAGUUUCUUAUAAAUUAACUAAGUUAUGCCAUUUCUGAACAUCUUGAAAAGCACUUGGGUCUGACUUCUUCAUUUGUGUGCUGGGUGGGGAUGCUAAGCCUCCGUGGGACUGUUGUUUUAAAAACGGUAAGUACCUAAUGCCUUCCACAUCGUGAGCAUUACACAAAUCUACUUAAUAUUCAAUUUUAUUUCUGUUAUGAUUCUUUAUUUCAAAGAUCAACAGAUGUCAACACAAUUUAUAAUGUGCUAGGGAUUUUUAAACCCAUUCUCCAGCAGGCCAUUGUUAACAAAAUAGACAUUACUUUCUUUUAUUUAUCAUGUGAAAGUUACAAAA